AUGAAAGGAAUUGGGUUGGUACUGACAAAUAUCAUCAAAGGGAAUAUACAUACAAAAGAAGUAGUGGAACAAUUAAGCGACACUGCAAAGAUAGCAACUGAAUUCUUCUAUGAAGACUCGGCUGCAAGAAAAUAUUUCGUUUUGUCUGCAACAACACAAGUAUUAAAAGAAUCAGUGAAGAACGCAAAGACUGAGGGUUAUUGUUUAGAAAGGACUUUCCUGAGAACAUCAGAACAGCACAGAUUAUUCGGAGAUAUUUGA